CGAGUCUCUACACCACACCGCCUCCAUUUUGAAUAGCCAUGUAAUAGGGAAUUCGCACAGUUGGUGUGUGUAUAUAUGUGUGUCUCGCCCACUGUGCUGCGUAGUGUCAACAAGCCACAACCAACCAAACAUCCGUCGACAUGGACGACCUGUUCAGUCCGCGCAGGAGCCUGAACAGCACACAAGGUGAAAUAAGAGUGGGGCCGAGUCAUCAGGCCAAGCUCCCAGAGUUGCAGCCACGGCCCGCUCUUGGUGCGCAGACCCAGACAGAGAAUGAGGAGCUCAUGUGGACACCUGGAGUCAAUGACUGUGACCUCCUCAUGUACCUCAGAGCAGCCAGGAGCAUGGCAGCGUUUGCAGGGAUGUGUGAUGGUGGAUCCACGGAGGAUGGAUGUUUGGCAGCUUCCCGUGACGAUACCACGCUUAACGCUCUCAACAUGCUUCAUGCCAGCCAUUAUGAUGCAGCCAAAGCUCUGCAGCGUCUAGUCAAGAGGCCACUUCCGAAACUGAUUGAAAAAUGCUGGUCAGAAGAUGAUGUGAAACGCUUCAUCAAAGGUCUGAGACAAUACGGCAAGAAUUUCUUUCGCAUCCGGAAAGACUUUCUCCCCAGCAAAAAGACUGGAGAGCUGAUCACAUUUUAUUACCACUGGAAGAAAACCCCAGAGGCUGCCGGAACCAGAGCUUAUCGACAGCAGCGUCGACAACCGUCCUCUCGCAAAACAAAGACUCGGUCUGCGGCCGCUACUGUCAACCCUCCAUCUCGCAAUUAUUCAGUUGAAGCCAGUUCUGCCAGCGAGGAUGAUGUCGACAGUGAAGACAGCGAACAGGAAGCAAAGAGCUGCAGCCACUGUGGAACAACAACUUCAAAAGAUUGGCACCAGGUUGGGAGAGACAACUCUCUGCUCUGCACGGCUUGCCGCACGUACGAAAACAAACACGGGUGUCUGCCGCCUGCUCCUAAAUCUGCAAACGCUUCCUUUAUGUUCAAACCUGUUAAAGUGGAAGAAGAGGUGAACAGCAAGCACGGCAUGAGAACUCGGCAGAGCAGAGCGCCUCAGUUGGCAUCAUUAAGAAGUGGCCUCAGAAGGUUCACAGGCUCUCCGAGCACAGAGGAUUCACAGUCCAGUAACCAGACUUUCCGAACUGGAGGAAUCUGUAAUUCCUUAAGAUCCUCCGCGGAUCAUAAAAAUGACUCCACAAAGAAAUUAAACAAGAAGAUAAAAGAGGAGGUAACGGCGCCAAAGACAGCAAAACGUGCGCGGGAAAGUCCAGCUCUAGAGUCCGAUGAACCUGAAAAAAUGACACCUAAAAGGCUAAAGACCCAGAAUCCACGAGGCGGGUCCCGGUCAGAAGGGGAAGCAGAGGAAGAAAGCUCUUCAGAAAGCCGCAGUGCUCAGGAUGAUGGCAGUGACACCAAAGACAUUGAUCAAGACAACCGCAGCUCCUCUCCAAGCAUUUCCAGUCCUCAACAGGGCAAUGAGAGCGACUCAGACUCGUCUGCCCAGCCAAACGGGGUCCGAACAGAGGCUGGUACUCCAGCUGUUGUGCAGGCUGACACAUUGGUCCUUCAAGCAGUCUCCUCUCCGGACCUUCCCAUCCCCCCUCAACCUUCACAAAGCAUUGCCUCAGCUGAUCUGGCUCAGAGCCCCCCUCCAUCCUCUCCAGACCCCCCACAGUCGACAUCUGCUCAGUCACCUUCCACAGCUGGCUCAGGCUGCCGAGCACAGCUGGUCACUGCUUCACGGCCUACACCACUAGCAGCAGUGGGUCAGGACCCUCCUCCUGCUCCUGCAUUGCACUUCUCACCUUCUGUCAACUCCACACAGCCCCUGCAGCCAAACGGCUCACCACCUCAGACCCCUCCUCGUUCUGUGCCCUUCUUUAGGGAUGCUCAGCUCCUGCACCCACCUCUUACUAGCCCCCAAGUCAAGCCUCCUCCCACAACCCCAAUUCCACCAUCACACAAACAGCUGCCGCACCCAUCUUCGGCACCUUUCCCCCAGACGCCCUCUAAUCUCCCACCUCCUCCUGCCCUGAAGCCCCUUAACUCUCUCCCCAACCAGCAUCCUCCAGGCGCCCCUCCUCCUCCUCUGCAGCUCAUGCCGCAUCCUUUGCCCACACAUUCAGCUCCAUCCCAACUUCCAGUGUCCUCUCAGGUGCAGAACAACCCUGGGAAAAGCAUGACCUCUUCCCUCCCGGUAGCUCCAGUUUCGCUCCCUCCCACAUCCUCCGCUGCCGGCCCCGUCCCAAACCUGCAGCCAUCCUUCCCACCCCUUCCUCCCAGACCAUCACUGAACUCUGCUGCAGGAGGAACACAAGUUCAGAUUAAAGAAGAGCCGUUGGACGAGGCGGAGGAGCCUGAGAGCCCCCCGUCUCCUCCCCGGAGCCCCUCACCAGAACCUACUGUUGUCAACAUGGCUAGCCAUGCCAGUCAGUCUGCUAGGUUUAUAACACAUUUGGAUCGUGGCUACAACUCCUGUGCAAGGACAGAUCUUUUCUUUACUCCGCUGUCGACUUCCAAGCUGGCCAAGAAAAGGGAGGACGCUGUUGAAAGAUUGAGGAGAGAGGCUGAGCUCAGCGCUCGGCAAGAACGUGAACGAGAGAAAGACAGGGAGCGGGAUAGAGAGGCAGAUAGAAACUCUAGGGCGUCCAGCUCUUCCCAUGACAGUCGCAUGAGUGAGGUGCAGAUGACCGCUCAAAUCCAUGGUCGACCCUCCUUUGAACAGCCUCCCACCACUGUAGCAGCCGUGCCCCCUUACAUCGGCCCGGACACGCCAGCCAUGCGGAGCCUGAAUGACUAUGCUCGGCCCCACGUCAUGUCCCCCUCCAACCGCAACCAUCCGUUCUACGUCUCCUUGAGCCCAGGCGACCCCCUGCUGGCCUAUUACAUGCCUGGCCUGUACAGCACGGAUCCCAGCCUCAGAGAGCGGGAGCUGAGGAACUUCAGGGAGCGAGAGCUACGUGAAAGAAUGAAGCCUGGCUUCGAGGUCAAACCCCCAGACCUUGAAACCCUACACACAUCAGCCACCCACUUGGAGCAUUUUGCAAGACAUGGGGCUCUGGCUCUUCCCCACAUGCCUGGACCUUCCCACCCUUUUGCACCGUUCCAUCCAGGGCUGAGCCACCUGGAGCGGGAGAGGUUGGCGCUGGCAGGGCCUCAGAUGCGCCCGGAGCUGAGUUAUGCCGAGAGGCUCACUGCAGAGCGCCUACACGCUGAGAGGAUGGCUUCUGUGGCGACUGAUCCGGCUGCCCGGCUGCAGAUGCUCAACGUGACUCCUCAUCAUCACCAGCACUCUCACAUUCACUCGCACCUGCAUCUCCACCAGCAGGACCCCCUCGGUCAAGGUUCAAGUCCUCACCCGCUGGUGGACCAGCUGGCAACAGGACCACGUUUGGCCCGAUUCCCCUUCCCUGCUGGCCCAAUCCCAAAUCCCUUACUCGCGGAUCUCCCUCACGAUCAUGAGAUGCUGCGCCAUCCACUGUUUGGAGCUGCAUAUCCACGAGAGCUUCAGGGUCCGAUUCCUCACAUGUCUGCCUCACAUCAGCUCCAGGCCAUGCAUGCUCAGUCUGCAGAGCUGCAGAGGAUGGCAAUGGAGCAGCAGUGGCUUCAUGGGCAUCACCUGCACGGAGGCCCUCUGCCAAGUCAGGAAGAUUACUACAGCCGGCUGAAGAAAGAAGGUGACAAGCCAUCUUGAGGUGGUGCAUGCUCUGAGCCCCUACAGAUCAUUACUGUGUACUUUUAACACUAAAUGUGUUUCUGUGUGCUGUCUUUUGUUUGUUUGUGUUGAUACAUUUUAGAGGAACAGUUAUGGAGCUCAAAGUGUGUUUCGUGUUCUGCGCAUCAUGAAACCCUGAGAUUUUCCUUAAGAAUUUUCUCUAGUUUUAUUGUCCAAAUAAUGAACCGUCUGUCCCACCAACUGAGGUGGGACUUAAAGUGACAGGUGUCCUCUACCCAACUAUUAAACAGUUUCUUAUGCAGUCAUAUGAGUUUGCUGAAGAACAAUGAAAACAGACCGACUUUGAUGUUAACUUUAAAUAUCUCUAUCAUUUCUAAUAGAGUUAUUGUACAGAAUGUUUUAAAUCUUGUGUGUGGAUGAUAGUUAUGACCUAGCAUGACUCACCCUUUAGGAUUUCCAGUAGUAUCAAGAUGUAUUGUGUUGUUAGGCUUUAAAAAGCAACUUAGGGGACCGGAUUUAAUCCUAAAUAAGAUUAAAAUGUAUCUUUAAAUCCUAAAUUUUUAUAUAUAUCAAUAUAUCUUUUCACAGUAUAACCGAAGCUCCUUUUUUGAGACUGUAAAUACUACAUGUUCACAAUAAUCUAUAUGACUGAGUAUUAUUGAUAUAUCAGUAGAUGUAAACACUUGAUUCAGCAUGAGAACAGUAAAAUCCUAAGAUAGUGUUAAAAGGUUUGUUAAAUGCUUGGACCACAACCUGCCUGUCUGUUUACUGACAGGAGGUUUUAUUUGGAGAAUCUAUUUACAUUGUUUUCCUGAAAAUGACCCAGUUGGAUAGAAGCAAAAUCUUAAACAUUUGGGUGGAGUUUUUCUAAAAAAUACUGCCUAAAUUCAGUAUUUAUGUGAUAUAUAUCAAUCUGUAUCCACACCAUAUUUAUUUCAAUAAAUAUUUCUCCAAUGAUA